ACGCGAAGAUGACGGACAUCGCUGCACCGGAAGUUGAUGCAUUUAUGAAUUUUAAUAAACUUGUUUUUUUUUCUUCUUCUUUAUGUUCUAUCGAGAGCGGCAGCUGGCGGCAACAGUGCGGUGCGUUAAGAGAAUUAUCAGUCAUUAUAUUGCCGUUAACGUCUCCGGUUCGUGUCUUCUGAUGACGGAGAGUCCGGAAAGACACGUCCAGCAGCGGACACACAGCGGCGGCACCGGGCCGACGGUGGUAAAGGUGGAGUCAUGUGUGUCAGAUUUACCUGUCUUCACCCCUCCACAUACUGCUGAGCUACACUUCCUGCGGUCUAGGGUUCGAGAGCUAGAAAGAGAGAAGGCCGAGCUGUCUGCAGAGAACCAGAGACUGAAGAGUAUGCUAGUCCACGAAAUCCCUGGGCUCCUGUCGACUAUGUGGCAGACGUUGGGCCAGACCAAUGGUCAGCUCUCCAAUUCCACGGCAACAGGCAGGAGUGACAGUUAUGCUCCAUACUCGCAUCACCAACCCCCACUUACCAAUCAGGAUGGAGACUUCAGCCCACAGGUCUACGUCCAACAGCUCCAAGAGGAGCUGAGCGUGGACAUGUCUGAGUCCUGGGGCCAGCUGGGCUCUGACCACGAGGAGGGGCCAGGAGGAGCUGACCUGGCCCUGGGGAGCCACAUGGCUGAGGAAGCACCGCUGUGCAGUCAAACUGACAUGGACGAGCUAAGGAGGAGCUGCUCUGAGAGCCAGUGCACUAGUGGACAUAUUAAUGGACAGGUGAGCCGGGUGGAGGUGUAUCCCGGCUCUGGGGUUCUCUGUGAUGUCCGCUCUUGGCAGGCAGCAAACCAGGCCCAGUCUCCAACAGCGAUGGCGCGAACACUCUUAAUGGGUGUGUUUGAUAUGAACACUCUGAUGAACAGUAACCUACGAGGUGGACGGAGUCGCCGGCCAGCUUUUCACCCACAACGCAGUGCGCUGGAUCCACACAAGAUCAACGCCAUCUUCAAUGCCAUCUUGGCUCGUUUCCCUCUUGCAAAAAGAGGAGUCAUCGGCUCUGGCAUUAACUCCAAACUUUCUGAGAUCCGUUUCCGCUCCCGCAGAGCCAAUCGAGAUCCACAGUUUCUCUAACCGACAGCUAGCUGGCUCUGCCCACCUGCAGACAAAAACAAACAAAAGAACUCGAAAGGCCUUCCUCUGCUGGACCAUGAGAAACUUUCUGACUGGCUGUUUAAUUUCAAACCUUUGCUCAGCUGCAGGUUAGGGGAUUCAGUGUCUCUGUUAUCAUAAGCGUCUGUUACAAAGCUUUGUGUUGCCAUAACUACCUGGUGAUCUACAUUAACACAAAGUGUCUGUGAAGAGACACAAAACUACCUCAUAAACACAAAGACAUGUGAAACAACAAAGAGACUGGUACUACAAGAACCAUAACUUCAAGAGCUUCAAGCUACCAUGGAGGGACAACUUCAGCAAUACAACAAAAAGACUUAAAACAAGCACAUUUACAUGAGCAGAGAAGAAGUGAGACAUCCACAUAUACACACUUGGUCAGACAUGCACACACAGCGCUGCGCUCCCCAGCUGGCUCAGCUGAUCCUGUCUGGCCUCUGCAACACCUCUGUUACUAACUCUGAAGACGGUACAGAGGGAUCACUUUGUCCCUCCAUGGCGCCUCAUCAACACUCAGUUUAAAAGCAAAACAUCGUAAAAGGGACAUAAAUAUUGUGGCUUGAAACGGCAGUCUGAAUACGGAUAGAGACAAAGACAAAGACAUUCCCACAAAAGUUUCCGCUAAACAACUACUAAAGGAAGCAAAAUGACGCAAAUGUACAAAUGGCUGGUCACAAAAACAAAGCACCAUUAACACAGGACCAGAGCGACAGCCAUGAAGACAAAACUUCAGACACUACUGCAAAAAAACCCAAACAUACACAAAGAUUUCACAAACAUUCUGAGAAUCUGAGAAACUUAGCUUAAAACACCCUAGCAAGGAUUUUUAGCUUAGGAGUGAUCUAAGAACAUCAGCACGUAAAGAGACUUAAUUAGAGAUCGGAUGCACCAGUGGAGGUUAACACAGCAUACCUGUUUCAUCUUGCACUGAAAAAGUCUUGGAUAGAUUGAAAUGUCUGCAGAAAUCAUUUGGUCUGUUCCGCCCAACUAUGAGUGAAAAAGAUGAUUCUUCUUGUAGUGUUUGAAGAACACUUCCCUGUUUCCUCCUCAGCUUGAGAAACUCUUCAUCCUGUUGAAAGUCCUGCUCCUAACAGUUUGACACCUCAGGAGCUCUAUAAGGGCUAAGAUGCUUUGUGAAUAACUUUCAUCUUUACAAGGAUCUAGUCCUAACUUUGAGGGUAAAUUCUUGCAAAAUGUCCUGAUUCUAAGAAUUGUGUUAGAAUUUUGACACUAGGAGCAACUCUUAGUACUUAGGAGGAUUUAUGAAUACAAUCCCAAGACCAUUAAAAAAAAACCUUAAGAGACCAGCACAAAAACAUACUCCCACACAAAACAGCCACUAAAAUACAGUUACAAACACAUAGAACCAUUAAGAGUCUCAAAGGGUAUCAAACAGUGACCCCAAGAAACUUAAUAUGACCACAAAGAGACAACCAACUGCAAAGACAAGACUACAAAAAACUCAAAUGCUACUCAUGUCUGUUUUUGUCAUGGUGAGCCUCAGCUGCUCACAGUCAGGACUUGUUUUUGUUUAAUUUGUAUGUAAUGUGCUGCAGACAUGUAAUGACAUUACAUGAACUGACUCGUAUUUAUGUCAUGUUGUUUGUGUGAAUUACAGUACCAUCAGUAAAUGUAAUCAUUUUGAACCCACUAUGGAAGUGAAUUUGAUUUGUUUUUUUCCUUUCACCCCUUAUCUACUUUGUCAUCCUUGUUGGAUCCCUCCUCUCCUUCUCUUAGCUCUACCACUUAAAUGGAUGACAUCACUCUCUCAGCUAAAUUCUGCCUUUGUAAUGUGUGUGUGUGUGUGUGUGUGUGUGUGUGUGUGUGUGUGUGUGUGUGUGUGUGAGAGUGUGUGUGCGCGUGUGUGCGCGCGCGUGUGUGUGAACUGACCAUUCAAAAGCUCUAUUUGAAUAUAAAUCAGCUGUCAUGGGGCGGAAAACACGAGACACAAAAACUCUCUCGCCUUGACAUUCUGCUUCUCCUCCUCCUCUCUCUCUACCCACAACCCCCCCACACACACCGCCUGGUGUCUUUGUCUCUGUCCUUGGCAGUGCAAUCGAGUCCUCAGAGCGUCUUUCAGGAGGAAAGAAUAGCUGAUUGUCUUCAUUAAGGAGGACGCCUUGUUUCAGGAAGUCCAGCCCGGGAAGAGAAGCAGAGAGGGGACGGAGGGGGUUGAGGGAGGGGUCAGACCUCUCCUUUAUACAUCACAGAGAUCCGGGUUUAACCGAAACAUCCCAUAGCAGAUCCAGAUCAAAUCAGAGAUUGUAGGACAUACUGUGAUAGACAGUUUAAAAGAGAGGGGGGGAAGAGAACUAACAGAGGAUGAAAGGGAGGAAACGAGAGGAGGUGAGAGUUUGGAAAUUAGCCAUCGUGGAUGUUACAGAAUCCCACUGUGACUCCUAAUUACUGAUCAGAGAACAGUUUUAAACAGCAGCAAGAGGAGGUGCCCCAUUUUACACGAAGGCUCUCUCAUUUUUGUGAACUAUUCCUUUAAUUAAA